UUUCAGAAGCAUAACAACACAGACAGGGGAGCUAGCUGGCUGCAGAGAGAAGAGCAUUGUGUUUAUACUUCAGUAGCUGCACUGUCUGCCAUGUCAAACGAAUGACCCAAACUAGUGUGUAAAUAUGUAGACUUACAACGUGAAGAAAACAGCAGCCAGGAAGAAAAGAAAGGAAGAAAGUCAGGAUUCAUUGUUGUAUGUAAGCAGAGCAGGAGACCUCGGGGAAAAGCUCCUAGUUCAGAAGUCUGUUGCUCCAUCACAGAACAGGGUAAAGGAGAGCAGGACAGUCUGAAAUUGAGAUAUGAGUUUUAUCGAAAUACCUCAGGAGAGAAUACGGAUCGAGACUCGGUCAAGUCCAGGACAUGAGGAUGUCCUGAGGAGGAUUCCAUGCUGAGGCCCAAAUAGCCUACAGUGUCCUCCACUACAGGAGAAAUCGAGACUCAUCAGACCAGGCAACAUUCUUCCAGUCUUCAACUGUCCAAUUUUGGUGAAGAGGUGUGUGUAGCCCCUCCUUCCCCUGUGAAUGUCUGUCGCCAUGGCGAAGCGUGAGACAGGCAGCACCAGCCCAGUGGUCCGGCAGAUAGACAAACAGUUCCUGGUCUGCAGCAUCUGCCUCGACCACUACCACAACCCUAAAGUCCUGCCCUGCCUACACACAUUCUGCGAGAAAUGUCUCCAGAACUACAUCCCCCCUCAGUCUCUGACGUUGUCCUGCCCAGUGUGCCGCCAGACAUCCAUUCUGCCUGAGAAGGGUGUGGCCGCGCUGCAGAAUAACUUCUUCAUCACCAACCUGAUGGAGGUGCUCCAGAGGGACCCAGAAUGUUCCCGACCAGAGGCUUGCAGUGUGCUGGAGUCAGUCAGUGCUGCUGCAGCCUGCCAACCGCUCUCAUGCCCCAACCAUGAGGGCAAGGUGAUGGAGUUCUACUGUGAGUCAUGUGAGACAGCCAUGUGUCUGGAGUGUACCGAGGGAGAGCACCGGGAGCAUGUGACGGUGCCCCUGAGAGAUGUCUUGGAGCAGCAGAAAGCAGCCCUGAAGACCCAGCUUGACGCCAUACGCAACAGACUGCCUCAGCUGACAGCAGCUAUAGAGCUAGUCGGGGAGAUCUCCAAGCAGCUGACGGACAGGAAGAAUGAGGCGGUGACGGAGAUCAGCAGUACCUUUGAGGAGCUGGAGAGGGCGCUGCACCUUAGGAAAAGCGCUCUCAUCACUGACCUGGAGAACAUCUGCUGCACCAAACAGAAGGUGCUUCAGGCGCAGCUCUCCUCUCUCCUGCAGGGAAAGGACAAUAUUCAAAGCUGCAGCAGUUUUACCGAGCAGGCCCUGAGCCACGGCAGUGCUACAGAAGUCCUGCUGGUCCAGAAACAGAUGGGAGAGCGUGUCAAUGCCCUGGCUCGGCACACCUACCCAGAACAGCCCCACGAGAACGGCCAUCUUGACUGCCAGGUUGAGACGGACGGCCUUCGUCGUUCAAUCCAGAACCUGGGUGUUCUCAUCACCACGGCGGCCGUCGGCCACACCUCCGUCGCCACGGGAGAGGGACUUCGCCACACCCUGGUUGGCCAACACACCACGGUCACCGUGACGACCAAGGACAAGGACAGCGAGCUGGUGAAGACGGGCAACGCGGCGCUGCGGGCCGAGAUCGUGUCGGCGGAUGGGACUGUAACCACGGAGACCGAGCUGGUAGAUAACAAGAAUGGGACUUAUGAGGUGGGCUACACCUUGCGUUCUGAAGGGGAGUACUCCUUCUCCCUCCUCCUGUACAACCAGCCAGUCAGGGGCAGUCCAUUCCGGCUGCGUGCUGUCAAGCCUUCGGACGUCCUGCAGUCUCCAGAUGACGUGAAGAGGAGGGUGAAGAGUCCUAGCGGGACAGGGAGCCACGUCAGGCAGAAGGCCGUGAGGAGACCCUCCAGCAUGUACAGCACCACCAAGAAGAAGGAGAACCCGAUUGAGGAUGAACUCAUUUACAGAGUUGGAACCCGAGGGAGAGAUAAAGGAGAAUUCACCAACUUGCAGGGAAUAUCCACUUCCAGCAAUGGACGCAUUGUAGUGGCUGACAGUAACAACCAGUGUAUACAGGUGUUCUCCAACGACGGCGUUUUCAAGUUGAGGUUUGGGGUCAGGGGUCGGUCACCGGGGCAACUGCAGCGCCCGACGGGAGUAACCGUGGAUACGAAUGGGGAUAUCAUUGUGGCGGACUAUGAUAACCGCUGGGUCAGCAUCUUCUCCUCCGAUGGGAAGUUCAAGAGUAAGAUCGGGGCUGGUCGUCUGAUGGGCCCUAAGGGCGUGGCGGUGGAUAGGAACGGACACAUCAUCGCCGUGGACAACAAAGCCUGCUGUGUUUUCAUCUUCCAGGCCAAUGGGAAGCUGGUCACCAAAUUUGGAGCCAGGGGGACGUCAGACCGGCAGUUCACAGAAAAGAGUGGUACAAACAUUUCACUGGAACCCAAGCUGAGUAAAUCUGGCCCUGCGUUCAGUCCUCAUUUUGUGGCGAUCAACAACAAAAAUGAGAUUGUGGUAACAGACUUCCACAAUCAUUCAGUGAAGGUAUACAGUGCAGAUGGGGAGUUCCUGUUUAAGUUUGGUUCCCAUGGCGAGGGGAACGGACAGUUCAACGCCCCGACGGGUGUUGCCGUGGACGCCAACGGGAACAUCAUCGUUGCUGACUGGGGGAACAGUCGUAUACAGGUGUUUGACAGUUCUGGGUCGUUCCUGUCCUACAUCAACACCACGGCGGACCCGCUCUAUGGGCCACAGGGCCUGUCUCUCACCUCUGAUGGCCACGUGGCUGUGGCUGACUCCGGCAACCACUGCUUUAAGGUCUACCGCUACCUGCAGUAGGCGGGACCACUGCUUCAGAGGUGAUCUAGUGCAGUCUACAACUACCAGGGUACAUCCCAAAUGACCUGUCCCCUUCAUAGGACGCUACUUUCAUGUAGACCAUUUGGGAUCUACCCCAGGUUUGGUUGGGAUUCACCCCAGGCUAUUUCCGCAUAUUUGGGAUGUAGCGCAGGUUUGUUUAGAAUGAACCUUAAGCUAUUUUCACACAUUUGGGAUGUACCCCAGGUCUGGGCCAGAGACAAAUAUUUGUAAAGUAUUUUAAAAGUGUUUGAGAUGUGCUUGAUUUACCUAUUUAUUUGAGUUUGCACUUUUGGGAUUAUUCCAUUGGUUCAAACAAACCCAAUCAAGUGCAGCACUUGAAGUAUUUGAAAGCAGUUGGUCUACUCUGUAUUUUCAUGUCUGAGCACAUGGGUUAUUGUUAGCGAUGACACAAACCAAUGUGCUAUAGAAAAUAUACGGGGGGCAAUGCGCUUUCAAACGGCUGUCUCAUUGAUUUGCACAUCCGAUCAGAUCCACUUCAUCUGGUUAGCGUCCUUGGAACCGCCCAAACACCUUUUUAGCCCCGACUGACUUGUCCCCAUUGUGUGUCUUUAAUGGCUCCAUAUUACUGUGAUAACUACUUUUCAAUAGUAGGGUUCUGGUGAAAACGAGUGCACUAUUUAUAGAAUGGGGUGCCAUUUGGGAUGCAUGAUGUGUUUAACUGAACUUUGAGGAGGUAUAAAGUGUGUGUACUGUAUAUACUGUAACUGAUAUUACGAACCCACACCUGGCUCAGACCAGGGUGAUAGAUUGAAGUAUAAUAAAAGACCCAUGUUGUGAAGGAUCUGGUCCCGAUGCAUGAAGUUAUCUUUACAUUGUCACCUCAGAUAGGACGACAGGACAGUCAAGUUUAGGAAUUCAGCGGUUGUUCUCCUCCAUGAUCUAAGUGCAAUGGACGUUAUGUAUACAGUGAAACCAACCAAUCACGCAACGCGAAAGCUUUUGAAAUAUAAUUUCUCUUUCAGAUUUAAAGCCAUCUCAUAUCAAACGUCACCACCUGUGCAUUGAUUUGCUGUAUGUACUGUAUAUGCAGAAAUGUAUAUUGUGUAUAAUGGAGCAUUUUGCAGCUUUAUGUGUGCUUUAAAUUUUUAAAAUACACAUAUCCUUUGGUUAUUCCAAGAACAGCAGUCUAGCAUUCCAGACUUUUUAACUAAUAUGGAAGCUGUCCUAAAGUGUGCUUUUUAAGACAAGAGUUCAGUAUAUUUCAAUAUUUAUUGCAUAAGUGAGCGGCACAAUUAUCAACUUUGUUAAUAUCAGUUCUUUUUAACAAAAAAGUACAAAAAUGGAAUUGCUAUUUAUUUUAUUUUAUACACUAGCUCAACAUUUACAAAUUAUUUUUCUAAUUUGAUGUUUGAUGUUUAGAAAUGCACGCCUUUUUUAUUUGCCAGCGGACUUAGAAUUUGUAAUAUUUUAUUUGCCAACUAAAUAAAUACAAGUAGGUUGCGAGUUUGAGUUUGAGUACGAAUGAAAAGAAAUGAAGGGCUUGGUUCCAAAACGUGAUAUGCAUUUUCAGAAAUGUUGGUAAUCUGACAUGAUUAAAAACAGAAGAGUACUUUUUUCAACUCAUUAUGAGAUCUGAAAACUAAUUAAUUUGUUGGAAAUACAGUAUAAAACUGUAUCUAAGAGAUUUUAGUUAAUUUGUUUAUUUUUCUUUAUUUGCAAAACGCUAAAUAUCAGCCAUGCUCUCAGAUAUGUACAGUACUACUCAUUUUACUCAGUGAAAUGUAAGAUUUCUUUUAUAAAUAACUGUACAAAUAAUACAUUUGUGACAUCAUAAAAUAUUACAAGUAAAAUAAGUAAUAUGACAUCUGUAUUUGAAUUCUUUACAUUUUAGCCAUUUAGCAGAUGCUCGUGCUGUAUUUAGAGCAGCUAACAGUUAGUGUAUUCUUUUUUUGAUAGCUAUGUGUGACAACCACACUUAGAGUAAAAAAGGUGCUCCUGUAUCUCUAUUACCUUAAAGAGUUCUUCAGCUGUCCCCGUAGAAGAGGUUAUUUGAAGAAGCAUUUUUUGAUUCCAGUUAGAACCUUUUUGUUUCUCUAUCGAACCCUUUGCAUAGGGAAGUCUAUGUGGAGCCUAAAGCUUCUACUUUGAGCCAAAAAUGGUUCUUACAAGGGCAGCCAAAGAACCCUUUUGGAACCCUUUUUCUAAGAGUCCACAUAGCACAGUCAAAUAUGGUAAAACAACAUUCCAUUCCAGCUGAACAAUGGAUAUAUAGCGUUUUGUAAAAAACCAAAUAUUUAAAGCACAACUAAAUGUUUUAAGUUAGAUAACACUCAUAAUUCCCACACAUGGAAUGGGACCUAUGAGCAUUCCUGUCAGAUGACACAAUGCAAAUGUGGAAACAUUUUGUUUAUCGUUUUGGAAAUAAACUCUUCACUUAGUAUUGCUAAACACACAACUAACUGCAUUAGGUAUUUUACUAACUUCUGGUUUUGAGUCUUCAACACAUCUACAGUUGCAUAACAUUAGAUCGUUUGUUUUCAAAAGCUGAAGCCACAGUGUGAAAAUUUCAACAGCUUCAGUAUGUGUUGAAUGACUGGAGUUAUAAUAUUUCAUUGCCUGGUUAUCCCAAUUCAUUAUGAAGUCCUAACAUUCUUGUCCAGGGAAACAUUAGCAUUAGUUGAGCUGUAGUACUCUCACUCCCCCUGGUGUUCAAUUCCUGUAACUACAUAGAACCCUUGGUGCCACAAUAGUCCCAUUCAGCCUCCCUGACAUCAUGAUGCCAAACAGCAACAAGACAGACAUGUGUAGCCAGUCACAGGUUGUUUUAUUGAGGAAUGUUACACACAGUAUAACCAGUAUCUGUAACUUUGUGUUUCAACAAUAUGUCACUCAAUCUUCUUUCUGUUUUCUGUGUGAAUAUGCACUGGUAAUAAAAGCACAUGGUUUAUAGAGUUA